GAUAUGACAAACGCCUUUGGGAGCUCGGGCUGGUCCGAAUUAGAGAUCACUAUUGCUCACUCCACCUCGGAGGAGAACCGCGCCCUCUGUCAGCAACGUUACGAGAAUAGCAUGGUUGAAUUAACUGCGGAAGAGGGCCCCCUGUUGGUCAAGCCGUUCCAGGGCGGCGUCAUGGGGGGGCCCUUCACUGUGGCCGCGUUCCUAGGUACUUUUUCUCGGGCCACGCUCCAGUGGGCUUAUCAGUGGAGUCGAUCAGACUCGAUGUCCCGCUUCUUGGUGGCGAAAUGGCAGGAUUUCCAGAGUGGCCUCAGUUUGCUAAUAUACGCAGAUGUUGUAAACAAAACAGCAGUGGCCUCCGACGAGAUGGCCCUGGGGGACUUAGUCGGGAAGGUUCAUGAGAUGGACGAGAUUUUCGAUUCGGUGUUGCAGCCGUUCGGGUACGUUCAGAACUUGAGGAAGCAAGAGUUUUUGACGUACUUCGCGUCCCAGGGAAAUCGCGCCCGACAGAUGGUUCGGAAAGGUAUCUCGGGCAUCCAGGGCACAAUCAAGGAUCGUGUGCGGUACCUGGGGCCCCACAUUCGGGUGCGUGACUCUAGUCAUCAGGAGGUCACUAGGAGAUGUUCGGCAGCGCGGACUGCAUUCUAUAGAGUUGGCGGCAUCUGGUCGCUGGCGAUCCCUUUUAAGCUGCGCAAGCUCUUGCUGGUGGGCAAUGUGCAGAAUGCCCUCCUCUCUGGCUUGGAAGCGUUUGUGCUCAGCAAGGCGGCGCCCCCGUGGCUGAGCCAGAUGACGCACGAUCUCGAGUGUGCCGCAGGUGUCGUCGAUAGCGAGGCGAUCGAUGUGCUGCUUCAUGACAUGAACGCGUUCAUAAUUAAAGAGAAGAUGGAGGAUUUUUGCAUGCUAGAUAUGGCUGUGCUCAGGGCUUCGAGGUUUCCUAUUGCCGUCUGA